AUGCCUUUCACCCAUCACAGCCACUCAGGGCAGUUCUGCCCCGGCCACGCCAAAGACGGCCUGGAGGAGAUCAUCCAGCUUGCGAUAGCCAAGAAAUUCCACACCUUCUGCCUGACGGAACACAUGCCCCGACAUGAAGAAGACUUCUACCCGGAAGAGAUCGAAGCCGGCAAUACCGAAGCCGGCCACGUGGCCAACGAAGCCGCCUACUUCGCCGAAGCCACACGUCUGCGGACCAAAUACGCCGAUCAGAUCAAGAUCCUGAUCGGGUUUGAGAUCGACUGGAUCCGGCCGACCUCGCGCCUCCUCAUCGAGGAGUCGCUCGCCCGGCACCCGUUCGAGUUCUUCAUGGGUUCCGUGCACCAUACCUUGACGGUGCCGAUUGAUUAUGACCGGGCGCUGUAUGAGAAGGCGCGCGACCUGGCGGGCGGCACGGACGAGCAGCUCUUCGAGGCGUACUUUGACGAGCAGCUGGAUAUGCUGCAGCAGGUGAAGCCGGUGGUGGUGGGGCAUUUUGAUCUGAUCCGGUUGAAGAGCGAUGACCCCGAGCGGAGUUUUACGGAGUAUCCGCGGGUGUGGGCGAAGAUUCUACGGAACUUGGACUACGUGGCUGGGUAUGGGGGGUUGUUGGAGUUGAAUUCGGCGGCGUUGAGGAAGGGCAUGAGUGAGCCGUAUCCCAAGGCAGAGAUUUGCAAGGAAUUCCUAGCUCGGGGCGGGCGGUUUUGUCUGUCGGACGAUAGUCACGGAUUGGAGCAGGUCGGGUUGAAUUUCCAUCGCGUGCUGCCAUUCAUGGAGCAGGUGGGUAUCUCGACCGUGCAUUAUCUGGAGCUGGGGGAGGGGGAUGCGGCCGUUGAUCAACGGUUUCCUCGGACGCAGAUCCAAUCGGUGACAUUGGCGGAGAUGAAGGCGAUGGCCUUCUGGACGCAGGAUGGAGCCACGACGCAGUGA